AUGGACGGACAGACGAGGUAUCUGGACGAGCUGGUCGGGGCACUGCGGGCGGAGCGGGCGCAGGGGCGGGCCGGAGGAUACGCCGGGGAGUUUCCGCCGCGAGAGGGGGGCGGGCGGGCACGGCGGGUGGCGCGGACGGUGGUGGCGAAACUGGCGGACGCGGAGGUGGCGGACGCGGCGUUCUGGCGGGCGUGCGAGGCGCUGGAUCUGGUGUUCACGGGGCGGCCCAUGGUGCUGGCGGAGGCGCUGGACGAGGAGGCGGGGGUGUUGUGGGCAGUGCGCAGCUGCUGGCGGGUAGCGGCGGUGCACUUCGGUCGGCGGGAGCGCGGGUGGGCGCUGCGGCGCGCGUCGAGCAGGUGGGUGCGGCUGUGCGCGGAUCUCUACGGGCAGCGGUGGCGUGCGCGCGUGGGCGCGGAGCUGGACCGCGAGCUGUGCGCGGGGGAGGCAGCGGUGCGGGCGGUGCUGGGCGGCGGGCAGGAGGCGGGCGAGCACAUGCGGGCGCUGCGAGCGCUGUGCGUGGCCGCGGAGUGGGCGGUGUCGCGCGAGUUCUGGUUCGUGACGGGAGGCGCGGAGCGCGUAGGGCUGCGCCUGCAGCGGCUGGCGCGGCUGGCGCGCUACAUUGGCGACGCGGUCGAGUUGCCGCUGGCGGAGUACGAGGAGGUGCAGGUGCGGCUGCUGGGCGUGUCUGUGCAGGCGUACCUCGAGCCGGACCGGCCGGGGCUGGGGGAGCUGCGCUUCGCGCUGGAGCAGCUACAGUACUUUGUGCGCGGCAAGCACCUGCGGCGCGAGUUUGCGGCGUGGAGCAGGCUGCUGCUGCGGCUCUACGUGCGGUGCCGGAGCGACCGCGCGGCGCUGCUGCUCGUGCGCGAGGUGCUCGUGCUGGAUGCCGCAGAGCUGCCGGAGGCGGCGACCGACGCGCAGCGUAGCCUCCAGCUCGUGCGCUACGACCUGGAGCGGCAGUUUGCGGCGGACCACGCCCUGCGCUGGGACCCGGCGCUUAGAGCCAAACUGCUGGCCGCGGGCACGCCGCCAGUGAUUUUGGAGCCGUUUACGUCCAAUAGGCAGCUGGAAAAGCUGCGGCUGCGGGUUCUGUGCGACUUCCAAGUAGGCGACAGCGCUCUGCUUGUGCACCAGUUUUCAGCUGCAGGCGUGCCGCUUGGCGCGGACCCUGUGGCGCUCUACACCCAUCUAGACGAAGGCAUUGCACGUGCGUUCGGGCGUCAAGAUACCGAGGCUCAGGUCCGGUACCUGUCGCUGGUGAGGAAGCUGGCGUGUCUCGAGUCUCGCAAGCCCUCGCCUGGCUUUGACUGUGACCUGUGCGAUCAUACAAAUCUGUGGUUGCCACGUGAGUCCAUUGAUCCUUCACGGCCAGAAGCAGCUAGUGACUCUCUGGCGUUCAAGCUACUGGUAGGAUACUAUUUAAGAGAACAGCUUGAAUCCUCCGGAGAGGCUCUUGUAAUUGGAAUCCUCAUAACAUUGCGGUCUAUUUUUACCCACUUCCAGCCGCCGAAGCUCGUGGAGAACCACUACGGCGAUAUGGUAGAUGAGCAUGGCUGCAUACAGCUUUUCCGCAUGGCCUUUAUGAGUCUCAACCGGCAUGUUCGGAUCUUGAGCGUCCUGUUGAUCCCAUACUGGAAUCUCAGCCGCUCCUAUAAUGCAGACGAGCAGCAAACGGCAUUGAUUAUCAAAUUUCUCCAGAGAAACCCAGAUCCCCAUAUCACAGAAACUUACCUCAUGGCGUGGACACAAUUGACACUAAGUACUUCCGGUGAACUCUUUGACUCUUUGCUACUGAAACUUAUUGAUAUCUUUAACUCUUCCAACUUUGUUGAGCAUGUUGUUAUGGCUUCUCAGCUGAAAUUCAUUGCUCGCGUGUUGAACAAAACUGCCUACCAGCUGCUCUCACCAAUUCUGCCCAUACUCUUGAAACAGAUAGGGAAAAACCUUGGGGAAAAGAAAUUGAGCCUUGAACGGCUGCUGAACCUGUUGGAAUACUCUGCAAAGACAGUGAUAGAAAACUUUCAACGGUAUAUAGUACCCUAUGCCUUGACACAAUAUAAAGGAGAUGCGUUAACGGAAAUCGCCAAAAUUAUGUGCCAGAACAACGAGCCCUCUAUGGUAUCCGAACAGAAAAAACGCUUGCUAGACCGGAAUAGCAGGCAGAUCUUUGCUGUUGCCCUUGUAAAGCAUGGUCUAUUUUCCUUGGAAACAAUUGAAACAUUGUUUAUCAAUAACGAUCCUACCUUUGAUCGAAGCUACGUCGCUGGGUUUCUGCCAGAUUACAAAACGCUAGCUGAAGUGCUGAAACUAUUCAAGCCAGUUGAGAAGGUCGACUCCCCAAUGAAUGACAAUGAGCGUGCAGUAUUGAGCUCUCUAAGGUUUCUCUUCCUUACCAACUUCUCUGUAGAUAAGCACCGCGGAUCAAAAUUCAAAAAUGUAACUGAAUGGACCCAAGAGAAGGAAGCAGUUUUCCAGAAGAAAUUGAAGGACAAUAUACUUGGUAUAUUUCAGGUAUUUUCCAGUGAUAUGCACGACAUCGAAGGUAAAACCACUUAUUUUGAGAAGCUACGAGUUAUCAGUGGUAUUUCAUUUCUCAUAAAAUAUGCCUCUAAAGAAUGUAUUAUAUCUGCGCUGGCACAGGUGAGCAUAUGUUUACAGACUGGGCUUGAAAUCCCUGAGAUGCGGUAUAACACGUUAAGGUGUUGGCUUCAUCUCGUGAAGUAUCUUUCAGAGGAAGAACUUUCAACGGUGAUAGAUGUGCUUAUAUGCUUUAUUCUCCAGAAAUGGGAUGAGUUUAGCGGAAAGAUACAACAGGCGGCGAUAGAUAUCCUGGAUGCAUUGAUACUUGAAAAGCAAACGUUGUUAACCAAUUCUCGACCAUAUAUUGUGCUCGCCUUUUUGAAUAAAAGUGAACUCCAUAUAUUUGAAAACCAUGGCUUUUUUGCAAGAACAGCAUCGAAGUUAUUGAAGAAUACGAAUUGGGUUUCCGUUUUUGUAUCUAACCUGAAAAGCCACAACAUUUAUGUUAUCAAACAGACCUUGCAGGAUAUUCGUCUAUUCUUGGAGAAGAAACAGGAUGCUGGGAUAGAUAUUAAGCUCAUCUCGAAAGAUGGCAAAAAUAUCUCUGAGUUACUUGGUGCGCUACUUGAUACCUCCCACAAGUAUAGAAACAGCGAUCUCAUCAUCUGUGAAACAUGUGCAUUGUGCAUAAGUAUGAUUGGAGUGUUAGAUGUAACGAAACAUGAACUACAAAGGUGCAACGUUUAUGAUAAUGAUAUUUGUGAUUUCAAUAACCCAACCCAAACUACCAAAUUCUUGAUAAACAUAAUAAACGAACGAUUAGUUCCAUCAUUCUGGCAAAGCGAAAACCCCACAAAACAGUUAUUUGUUGCCCUAGUGAUUCAAGAAUCGCUCAAGUACUGUGGCCUGAGCGCUUCAUCAUGGGAUGUAACAAAACCAGAUCUAUAUCCGAAUGAGUCAAAACUAUGGAAUAGAUUUAAUGAUAUUUCCAAAACGACACUUUAUCCCCUAUUAUCGUCAUUGUAUCUUGCGCAGUCUUGGAAAGAAUAUGUCCCGCUCUCAUACCCAUCUUUUAAAGUUAAAGAUGGAUACUCUACUUGGAUCAAAAAUCUGUCGCUAGAUUUACUCAAAACUGCUACUGAAUCCAGUCACCCUUUACAUGUGUUUUCAUCCCUGAUAAGAGAAGAUGAUGGUACGCUAUCCGAUUAUCUACUACCAUAUAUUAUUAUGGACAUCAUUAUAAAGGCUGAGUCCGGUACUAAGUACUUUGAUUACCUUCAAAAUGUCAUUAAAGACUUUGAGUACAUUUUUAAUUACACAUUGUAUGACUUGAACCAUUACCAAAUCGACGGAUUAAAAAUGUGUUACGACUCGAUAUUCCGUGUAUUCGAGUAUUGUAAAAAGUGGGUGAAUCAAUUUAGACAGAACUAUAGUAAACAACAUGGAACGUUUACUAUACGGGAGGAGAAGUACACUCGAAUGCUUAACCGAGCAGGCAAGUUUGCUGAUAUUAUCCCAUCACAUGUCUUAGCUCAGAAGUCAUUAGAGACAAACUCUUUUGAGAGGUCUGCAUUAUACUUGGAGCAAAGUUAUCGUGAAAAAUCAUCUAAUGGUUUACAGGAUGAUAAGCUACUGCCAUAUUUACAAACAACGUACGCCGAAAUCAAUGAUAUCGACGCAGUGGUAGGUGUUUUGAAGGUAUUCUGCAGCAAUAACUUGACUUCGCGUAUUGAAGAACUGCAGUAUUCUGAUAAUUGGAAAAUGGCGCAGGAUUGUUUUGAUGCUCUGGGUGAUUCUUUAUUAAACGAGCAAGGAGGCGUUGAAAACUCAGUUCCAACAAGUCGAAUGCUAAAAUUGAUGUACGACCAUCAAUUGUAUGAUCAAACGCUUAAAAAGCUUGAAUUAAAUAUACCAUCCAAGAAAAGGCAGCUGCCCCUAAACCUCGAUGAGUUCUAUAACAUGGGAAUUGAAACCGCUUCGCUUUCGGGAAAUAUUACUGAAUUGAAGAUCUGGAUACGGCGAAUUGAACAAUUGGAGACUUUAACAGAUCCCAGCAUACUUUUACACUAUAACCUGGCGAAAUCUCUAUUGGCAGUCCUAGAGGGUAAAACUGACAUGAUUGAAACGCAUUCUAAGUACUGCUAUAGGCUUAUUGGUUCACAUUUCACUACACCGUCGCAUAGCACUACCCUUUUGAAAAGAAGAAACUUGUUUAUUAAACUGCAUGGUAUACGUGACAAUAGCAUUCUUUCUAAAUGCAGCACGGAUAUCCAGUUCAAUAGAUCAGUGCGUAAUCUUGCUGUCAGGUUUAAAAAUGUGGGUAGCGAUUUUGAACCUAACUUCUAUUUACUUUCUAUGAGGAAAAGUCAUAAUCUGAUGAGAUCUGAGGAGUUUGUCAAGCAGGAUCUUGCAGAUACUUAUUUUAAGAUGGCACAACUAGCCAGGGAAAAUGAUAGAUUAGAUAUUGCAAGUGACUGCCUAAUGCAUGCUUUAAAGCUCGAGCAUACUGAAGCAGAACUAGAGUAUGCAGAAAUCCUAUGGAAGCAAGGCGAGAAAGAGCUUGCACUAAAAACUGUGGCAGAAAUUCACCAAAAGCGCAAGGGAAUCAAAACACUCAAGGAUAGGGAUCGAGCUAAGGUGCUAUUAAAAUAUACGGAGUGGUUAGAUUUAUCGAAUAAUGCCACUUCCGUGCAAAUUUCUCAUCAGUAUAAGGAAGUAAUAGGUCUUGAUAAAGAUUGGGAUGAACCGUACUACUCCUUCGGUCUCUAUUACAGCAGGCUAUUAGAGAAAAAGCGCGCGGACGGGUUUGUGACAACUGGAUCGCUAGAAUACAAGGCAAUAACCUAUUUUCUCAGUGCCUUCGAAAAGAACACAGUAAAAGUCAGAGAAGCAUUACCUAAAGUUAUCACAUUCUGGUUGGAUACCGCGAGCCGCUCAGUUGAAAGUGGUUCUUCGGAAGGUGAAUAUCACUUCAAAAGAUAUACGAAGGAAAUUUGUAAAUGCAUUGAUGUUGCGAUACAAAAUUGUCCAACGCAUAUCUGGUAUACAGUGUUAACUCAGUUGCUUUCCCGACUACUGCAUAAGCAUACUGAUUCAGCCACUUUAAUAAUGAAUAUCCUUUUAAAGCUAACGCUUGAGUAUCCUUCUAUUAUGCUUUGGUAUAUCACGGUCUUACUAAAUUCUCAGGAAAAUAAGCGCGUUCACGCAGGGAAACAAAUUAUGGAUGCUAUAAAGAAGCGCAUGCCAGAUAAAUCUUCUUUGAUUUCGUCUGCAAUAUCUCUAGUGCAGGCUAUGACAAGAGUUUGUAUUAAGGAUGUUAAAAAUAUGUCUAGCAGGAGUGGUAAAUCCCUGCAGAAUGAUUUUAAGUUUGAUAUCAAUCUUGCUCCCUCUGAAAUGGUGGUUCCUGUAAAUAUUAAUUUGGCCAACCUAUCUCCGUCUUAUGCAGAUACAUCGGGUAAGCACGGUUCCUCAAAAAGAGUUACCAUUAACUGUUUCACGCCUCACUAUAAAGUUUAUUCAUCACUAAAAAAACCAAAGAAAAUCAACAUCAUAGGUUCCGAUGGGGAACUAUACGGUAUUAUGUGCAAGAAAGAGGAUGUGCGUCAAGAUAAUCAGUAUAUGCAGUUUGCAAACAUGAUGGUGUUCUUGUUGGGUAAAGACUCUGAGUCUAGGCGGAGGAGUCUGAAUAUAACAACGUACGCUAUCCUAUCCUUAAGGGAGGAUUGUGGUCUAAUAGAGAUUGUGCCCAAUGUUGAUACUAUCCGCUCCAUUUUAAUGGCAAAAUAUGAUAGUAUGAAGAUCAAAUACACUCUGUCAGUAUUAUACGAGAAAUGGAAAUCCGUUUCAGAAGAGCAAAGGCUGGGGUUUUACAAAAGUUGCACAGAUACAUUUCCCCCUGUAUUAUACCAAUGGUUCCUUGAAACAUUUCCUAAUCCGAUCCGUUGGUACAACGCGAGAAACGCUUUCGUUAGAUCUUAUGCUGUCAUGGCCAUGGUUGGGCAUAUCCUGGGCCUUGGGGACAGACAUUUAGAAAACAUAUUAUUGGACCUUCAGACUGGAAAAGUCCUUCAUGUAGAUUUCGACUGCUUGUUUGAGAAAGGAAAGACAUUACCGGUGCCAGAAAUUGUGCCUUUUAGGCUAACUCAAAAUAUACAAGACGCCUUUGGUGUUACUGGAACAGAGGGCACUUUCAAGAAAUCUAGCGAAGUUACAGUACGUGUCAUGAGAAAUAAUGAACUUGCCCUGGUUAACAUAAUUGAAACUAUAAUGUACGAUAGGAAUAUGGACCAUAGUAUCCAAAAUGCCCUUAGGGUAUUAAGGAAUAAAGUUCGUGGUAUUGAUCCUCGAGAUGAUCUCCCCUUAAGUGUCCCUGGACAGGUCGAUACUGUCGUACAACAAGCAAGUUCAGACGAGAAUCUUGCUCAAAUGUACAUUGGUUGGUUACCAUUUUGGUGA